AGCAUCCACAUCCUUUUGGUAAUGUGGUGACCAGAACUGUACGCAGUAUUCUGAAUGUGGCUGAACCAAAGUCCGAUACAACUGGAACAUACAUACACUCUAACGCACACCCUUGCAGAUACAGAUACAUAAACUAUCACAGUCGCUGACACAUUCGCAAACACCUUCACAUACCUGAACAAACACACACCAUCACCCUUAGAUGCAUCAUCCCACUCUGUCUCUCUCUCUCUCUCACACACACAUACACACGCACACAUACACACGCACACAUGUGCACACUCACCUCCCUUCCUUAAGGAGGGAAAUAUGUAGUGAUAAUGUCCCAAGAUUGGGAAUUCAGGCCAAAGCUCUGAGGGCCUGGGAUUGAAUCCCACAAUGGAAGAUAGUGAAAUUUGAAUUCAAUUAAAAAAAGGGGUGUAAUAAUGACUAUGUAACCAAUGCCAACUGUCACAAAACUCCAUCAUGCUCAAUAAUGUCCUUUAGGGAAAGAAAUCUCACCUCCAUGUGACACCAGACCCACAGCAUUGUGACUGACUUUUAACCCUGAACAAAUAACCAAAAACACAUAAACUGUCUCUUGCACAUACAAUGACACUACAGGCACAUCCCCUUACUCAGCACCACUCCACAGCCAGCACCAUAUCCACCCAUCCCUGACCUCUCUGAUGCACUCCAUCUUUGCCUCAUUGGAGCUGAGACUGGUGGUGAAGAGUAGCUACCAACCUUUGGUUGAGCAGGAGCUCUCUGUGGGCACGACCUUCAACACCAGGGACAUCAAUCAGGGCAAGACACAGGAUCUACUUCACUACUGGCUGAAGGCACCUUCAAUCCAUUGGUCUUCCUCCAUGGAACUGACCCAGGGGACUCUCUUCUCCCCAUCGUCUCAACCCCUCCAACCCCGCUCUGACUGGUGUGUGAGAUCCCUGGUCCCCAGCAACCUCCAUCCCACGCAAACAGAGGGGGCAGUCAGGGUUGGAGGACAGUGAGCUGGAAGGAAUGAUGGCCUAUAAUUGGAAUGGUGGUGGAGGGGCCACGUGGGAUUCCGAAGCGAGGCUGAGAAUUUGAAAAUUGAGAUGUCGCCUGAGCGAGUUGUUGCUGAAAUUCUCUGGCCGAUUGGGGAGAGCAGAUUUAGUGGCGGGCACCUGUCUUAAUCGUGGGAGUGUGAAAUAUUUUUACUGGAAACGAUUCAAAAUUUGGAAGUUUUUUAAAGAGAGCGAGAGAGAGGGCGCUGGGCAGGGUUAUGCAUUUCUCGUCCUUGGAGGGUGAGGGAUUUAAACCAGGACUGAGUCACCCUCGGAGUUAGAGAAAAGCAAGAAGAGCGAGCAAAAGUUGCAGGAAAGCUGUUUUGAUUUCUCAAGCCUCUCUCUCUCUCUCUGCCUGGUCGGAAAGUGCCCGGGAUUAACUGUCACCAAAGCCGAGUCCACUAUGGGACAGAUCCAUCAAAUACGCCGGAGAGUUUUGGAGGAAAUUGCCUGGAAGUGUUGGGAGUCGGUGCUCGGUAUUGAUCUGGCAGCUUUAGCCCCCGGCGAGCCCCGAGGAUGGAAUUAGUGCGAAAGUUCACCUUCCUGGUCAGCUACCUCAGCUGCAUCUGCUACCUGCCCCGUCCCGACUCCGCGGCCGGGCUCCUCGCCGCUCACUCCGCCGCCACUGCGCCGCUCCUGCGCCAGGGACCCCUGGGCACCGCCCAGAGCAAGAGAGCGAGCCCCCGAUGGGCUCCCGGCGCUGCCCGAGCCGUACCCCUGACCCCCGCCGCCAGGAAAGCGAACCGCAGGAGCGGCGAGGGCCGAGCGGCCGGCAGGCGCUCCAAGAAAGCCGGCGGCCCGCAGGUGACCGCUCACGAUUACAUGCUGUUCCUGUACCGGAGCCUGUCCGGGAGCGAGCGGCGCGGGCUCAACAGGAGCAGCUCCCAGCCGCCGGCCAACACCAUCACCAGCUUCGUGGACAGGGGAGAAGAUGAACGCCACACCUUUGUGAAAAAACAGAAGUACAUCUUCAACAUCAGCGCUAUGGAAAAGGAAGGGUUGCUAGGAGCUGAGCUGCGGAUCCUGCGGACAAGGCCAGCAGAUCCGAGGCGGCAACGAGCGCCAGCAACUGUGUACAACCUCAGAAUAUCCAAGUGCCCCACAGACAGGCAGAAGCCAAUUGUAAUCGACUCUUGCUCUGUUGAUAUUUUGGACGCGCCCAAAUGGGAAGUCUUUAACAUUUGGAAACUCUUCAAAAUGUACCGGAAGGAGCAGCCGUUGACUCAACUUUGCCUCGAACUGGAGGCCUUGGACAGAGGAAGAGCAGUGGAUCUAAGAAGCUUGGGUUUUGGCAGAGCAGGGCGCCAUAUCAAAGAGAAAGCUCUGCUGCUGGUGUCAGGUAGGACCAAAAAACGGGACCUGUUCUUUAACGAAGUCAAGGCCAGAUCGGGGCAGGAUGACAAGACUGUUUAUGAAUUCCUGUUCAACCAGAGGAGGAAGAGAAGGGCUCCUCACACAUCCCGCCAAGCAAAAGGCAAGAAGGCCAAGCCAAGGUGCACUAGAAGACCUCUCCAUGUGAACUUCAAGGAGAUGGGCUGGGAUGACUGGAUCAUUGCUCCAUUGGACUAUGAAGCCUAUCAUUGUGAAGGGGUUUGUGACUUUCCUCUUCGGUCUCACUUAGAACCCACAAACCAUGCCAUUAUUCAGACACUGAUGAACUCCAUGGACCCAGAGUCAACUCCACCCAGUUGCUGUGUACCCACAAAACUAAGUCCCAUUAGUAUUUUGUACAUAGACUCUGCCAAUAAUGUGGUCUAUAAACAGUAUGAGGACAUGGUAGUAGAGUCCUGUGGUUGCAGGUAGCAUUGGACUGAAUAAUCAGACAAUCAGAAAUGGGUACUAAUAUGGGAUUUGUGCCAUAUUGAGUAUUGCAGGUCCAGUUGGUUUUCUGGUGGUGCCCUUGCAGUCAAGGCAUCACUGACCUUCGAUAAUAUGUCAAACAUGAAUAUUCAAUGGAGCAGAAAAUAAAUUGCAGUUAAAGCCAAGCAAAAAUCAGAUUUGGCUACAAAUUAACUCAGUAACCACAUUGGCUCUAAAAUGUAUCUCCUCUGAGUGGCACCUACCUUCACUAUUGUGAGUUGGUGCCAAGAAUCCAAUUGGCAGCCCGUGUUACUGGGUACUUCACAUGACCACCACAAUCAACUCACUCAUCACAGCCUGCUUAACUCAGACAGACCAGGGACAGUGCUGGGAGGAAGAGAGUGGAGUGAGUGGUGGGACAGAGACCAAGGGAGAGACAGAGAGAUUAAAUUGAGACAUGGCUCCAGAAAGAUUCUUCAUUCUCACUGGGGCCAACUGUGAUCUAUUUUGAUACACAGUGCUUAAUGUUGCAAACUAGUUUAUUUACUUCAAAGCAAUCUCAUUAAACAUCUCCUCUUGAUCAUUGCAAACAAGGAUGUUACCACAAUGUCCUCUAUAUCACUGAACAAA